AUGACGAACUCUAUGCUCGAGAAGUUGGAGAUUGAUCUCAUAAGGCAGAAUGGGAUGAUGAGGCAAUCGAUCUCGCUGAAUAGGAAACUUUACUACAGAGUGUUACUGGGUUUAGUUUCUCAGAUACGACAAUUAGCAUCGGCCCUUCGAUCGGUUAUCGAAGAGGCAAACCUCGUGAUAGAGCAAGCGAAUAAGGAUUGGCGACAGUAUGUAGAAGGUGUUAUGAAAGAAGAAGAACAAGAACAAGAAGAACAAGAAGAAGUGGAGCCAGGAAGGAGGUGUACGGGGCCUGAACUGGUUGACUGGUUCGAGUCCGAAGGCCAGGUCUGCAGCAUCGUAGACGGGCUAGGGUCGAGACUCAGAGACUCGGACAUCAGUUUGAGUACCAAGACUGCGCCAACGGUGCCUGGUGACAAGCCAAGUGACUGUAUACGCAGUCCCGCAGCACAGUCCCUUUGCAGAGAUCCCAAUCCGCUGAACAGCGCACCUAUGGAUCCAGUAGAUUCGGACAUGGGACAAGACAAAGAUGUGCAAGGCCAUACCUGGCCCUAUGUAGAACCUCUUCGAAUUACUCGUCAGCGAUGUGAGCCAGUCCGCGAUGGUGAUACUGUGUACUCCGGAUCAAACAUGAGACGACGCCUCGCUAUGCUUCAUUAUGAGCGGCGGUACUACGAGAGACUCGUCAACGAGGCACAUGUUCGAUUCUUACCUACAAUAAGGCAUCAGAUUCGCGAGCUCCAGUGUGUUUUACACGACUCUGGUGUCGAGGAGGAUAGAUUGAGGGAUUUACUCCAGGAGCAGAUCAGACUCCGAACGCCGGAGGAUCCAGGUGGUUGCGGAUGA